AUGACCUGGAAGGAUAUCGCGCCUGUGCCGACGGCGCAGGAAUUCAUUGACAUCGUCCUAUCGCGGACGCAGAGGCGGUUGCCGACUCAGAUCCGUGCUGGAUUCAAGAUUAGCAGAAUCCGAGCUUUCUACACCCGCAAGGUCAAGUUUACGCAGGAAACAUGCAGCGAAAAGUUUGGCGCGAUCGUCUCGAGCUUUCCGGUCCUCACAGAUCAGCAUCCCUUCCACCGCGACUUGAUGAACAUCCUAUAUGAUGCCGAUCAUUUUAAGGUGGCCCUUGGGCAAGUCUCGACGGCGAAGCACCUAAUCGAGACUAUCUGCCGAGAUUAUGUCCGCCUACUGAAGUAUGCGCAAAGUUUGUACCAGUGCAAGCAGCUCAAGAGGGCCGCCCUGGGUCGUAUGGCCACUCUCAUCAAGCGUUUAAAAGACCCCCUUCAGUACCUCGACCAGGUUCGCCAGCACUUGGCUAGGUUACCCGACAUCAACCCGACCACGCGGACUCUGCUUGUCGCUGGCUUCCCGAACGUCGGAAAGAGCUCCUUCGUCCGCUCAGUUACUCGAGCUGAUACGCCGGUCGAGCCUUAUGCUUUCACAACGAAGAGUUUGUUUGUCGGUCAUCUCGACUACAAAUACCUCCGAUAUCAAGUAAUAGACACGCCGGGAAUUCUCGAUCACCCGCUAGAAGAGAUGAAUACGAUCGAAAUGCAGAGUGUCACGGCUUUGGCUCACCUCAGAGCUGCAGUCCUCUUCUUCAUUGAUAUUAGCGAGCAAUGUGGCUAUUCCCUACCAGCCCAGUGCAACCUCUUCAAGUCCAUCAAGCCGCUUUUCGCCAACAAGAUGGUCUUCAUCGUGUUGAACAAGAUGGAUAUCAAGGCCUUCGAGGAUUUGGAGCCGGAGAUGCAGGCUGAGCUGCAGGAUCUGACAAAGUCGGGCGAUGUGGAACUGCUGCGCGCUUCUUGUGCCACGCAGGAUGGUGUGCAGGAUGUGAAGAACCACGUCUGCGAGCGGCUACUUGCCGAGCGGGUAUCACAGAAGCUCAAGGCGGGUACCGCAAGCAAUGGCGCCCUUGGUUCCCGCCUUACCGAGGUCAUGGCUCGGAUUCACGUCGCCCAGCCGAUGGACGGUGUCACAAGGGAGACAUUUAUCCCGGAAGCCGUCAAGAACCAGAAGAAAUACGACAAGAGCGACCCCGAGAGGAGGAUUUUGGCGAGAGAUGUCGAGGAGGCCAACGGUGGCGCUGGUGUGUUCAACGUCGAUCUCAGGAAAGACUACAUCCUGGCAGACCCGUCGUGGAAGUACGACAAGAUCCCCGAAAUCUACGACGGCAAGAACGUCUACGAUUAUGUCGAUCCGGAUAUCGACGCUAAGCUCGCAGCUCUUGAGGAGGAGGAAGAGCGGCUGGAAAAAGAGGGCUUCUACGAGUCAGAUUCCGACAUUGGCGACGAAUCCGAGGAGGAAGUGCUGCAGAAGGCCGAGUACAUUCGCGAGAAGCACAAGCUGAUCCGCAACGAGGCCAAGAUGCGCAAGUCGCUCAAGAAUCGCGCCAUAAUACCACGCAAGAACCAGAAGAAGCCCUUCUCCCAGCUGGAAGACCAUCUCGACCAGCUUGGCGUCGACACCGAGGCUAUCGGCCUGCGGGCGCGGUCGCAGGUCGUGCAGCCGACGCGCGGACGGUCUGUCACACGCAGCCGCGCAGGUACGGCCGAUCCGGACGCCAUGGACGUCGACGAGCUGCCGACCAACAAGCAGCGCCUACGGUCGGCCAGCCGCGCCCGCUCGGUGGCGGCCACCAACCGCCGCGAGGACGGUGUGCAGGACGCGACGGCGCGGACGGCGGCCGAACGACAGGCCAAGCUCAGCCAACGCAAGAUGAACCGCAUGGCGAGGCAGGGCGAGGCCGACAGGCAUAUUGGUGCGACUAUGCCAAAGCAUCUGUUCUCUGGGAAGCGCACUAUUGGCAAGACCAGUCGCCGCUGA